ACAGCUAACUGCUUCAGCGUGGACUGUGGAUCAGUUGGAGAGGACCAGCUGUGUUUCCUUUGUAGACUUACGUCGGGUUUGGGGAGAUCUCUCUUGGAGCUGGAGAGGAGAGGUUGGCAGUCUCUCUCCUCCAGCAGUUUCCCGCCGCUUCAUCAUGGAUCUUGGGACUAAAAGUGUCGCUGGGAUUAUCGCUCAGGUCGCCCUGCUUCUUUGCAGCUCGUCCGGGACAACCGGAGCAGAAGUGUGUGAUAGCGCUCUGGUGUCCAGUCUGCCUCCAUCGUCCUUCAGAAGCUCCUCUCAGCUGUCCAGCAGCCACGCGCCGGGCUUCGCCAAACUCAACAGGAGAGACGGAGCCGGAGGGUGGUCUCCUCUCACCUCGGACAGGUACCAGUGGCUGGAGGUCGACCUCGGCGAGCGGACCAAGAUCACCGCCGUGGCGACGCAGGGACGCUACGGCAGCUCUGAUUGGCUGACGUCGUACCUGCUGAUGUUCAGCGACACGGGACACAACUGGAAGCAGUACAGACAGGAGGACAGCAUAGGGUCCUUUCCAGGUAACAGUAACGCCGACAGCGUGGUUCAGUACAAGCUGCAGCAGCCGACCGUCGCCCGCUUCCUCCGCCUCAUCCCUCUGGACUGGAACCCCAGCGGGAGGAUCGGACUCCGGCUGGAGACCUAUGGAUGUCCUUACACCUCUGGUGUGGUGAGUUUGGACGGCAGCAGCAGUCUGGUGUUCAGGUUGAGCCCCGACCCGAGGCAGGCGUCCAGAGAGGUCGUCUCUCUGAAGUUUAAAACCCUGAGGAAUUCUGGGACGCUGCUGCGUGCAGAGGGAGAGGACGGGCUGGGACUCAGUCUGGAGUUAGAGAGAGGAAAGCUGCAGCUGCUGCUCAGACAAGGCAGGACUUCCUCCUCUGAACCCCGGCGUCUCGCCUCCCUCGGCAGCCUGCUGGAUGAUCAGCAUUGGCAUCAUUUAGCGCUGGAGCGGCGCAGCUCUCGCCUCAACCUCACCGUGGACAAACACACGGAGAGGAUUCAAAUCCCUGCAGAGUUCAGCCACUGGGACAUCCAGCAGUUGGGUGUGGGGGCGAACCAGGACCCCGUCUCAAAGAGGAACUUUCAUGGCUGCCUUGAAAACCUGAUGUACAACGGCCUGAACCUGAUACAGCUAGCCAAACAGGACGACCACCAAGUGACUGUCGUGGGCAAUGUCACCUUUUCUUGCGCUGAGUCGGUUUCCGUCGCCGUGACCUUUCCCGGCCCCCAGAGCUUCCUCCAGUUGCCGGGGGCGACAGCAGCAUCGUCGUCGUCAGGGGGCUUGUCCGUCGGGUUCCAGUUCAGGACGUGGAACAAGGCGGGGCUUCUGCUCACCUUCGACCUGCCUCAGGAAGGGGGCGUGGUCUGGCUCUACCUGAGUGAGGCCAGACUGCGGCUGCAGAUCCAUAAAGCUGGCAGGGCGCUGCUGGAGCUCAGUGCAGGUUCUGCUCUGAAUGACGGUCAGUGGCAUUCGGUGGAGCUGACCUCCAGGCGCGGUCGGCUGAGCAUCAUCGUGGAUAAAGAGGAAGGAGGCAGCGCUCACGCCACUCCGUCAUUUUCUGUCGCUGUAGAAAGUCACCUCUUCUUUGGUGGUUGUCCUGCUGAAGAGGACGGUCAGGAAUGCAAAAAUCCCUUCAACAUCUUUGAGGGCUGCAUGCGUCUCCUCAGUGUGGAGAACCGGCCCGUGGACCUGAUCAAGGUGCAGCAAAGACUGCUGGGAAAUUACAGCCACCUGCAGAUCGACAUGUGUGGCAUCAUUGACAGGUGUUCUCCCAGUCGCUGUGAACAUGGCGGCCGCUGCAGUCAGUCCUGGACCGUCUUCCACUGCAACUGCUCCGACAGCGGCUACAGCGGAGCCACCUGCCACAGCCCUGUGUACGAACAGUCCUGCGAGGCGUACAAACACAACGGCAACACGUCGGGACCUUUUUACAUCGACGUGGACGGCAGCGGACCAAUCAAACCGCAGCUGGUGUACUGCAACAUGACAGAGGAGAACACAUGGAUGGUGAUCCAGCACAACAACACAGAGCUGACCAGAGUGCGACCGUCUCCAGACAUCAACCAGCUCUCAGUUCACUUUGACUACUCCACUGAAGAGGAGCAGCUAUUGGCCGCCAUCAGCCAAUCAGAGCACUGCGAACAGGAACUGUCCUACCACUGCAGGAAGUCCCGCCUCCUCAACACUCCAGAGGGCUCUCCGUUCAGCUGGUGGCACGGGGGUCCCGGUCCCGGUCGAGUCCAGACUUAUUGGGGCGGAGCUCAGCCGGGCAGCCAGCAGUGUGUGUGCGGCCUGCAGGGAGACUGUGUGGACCCUCAGCACUACUGCAACUGUGACGCCGACCGCAUGGAGUGGACUGAAGACUCGGGGCUGCUCAUCCACAAGGAGAGCCUCCCGGUCCGGUCUCUGGUGCUGGGUGACGUCAGGAGGCCGGGGUCAGAGGCCGCUUACAGGGUGGGACCGCUCAGUUGUCAUGGAGACAAGAACUUCUGGAACGCUGCUUUUUUCGACAAGGAGACGUCGUACCUCCACUUUCCCACCUUCCACGGAGAGCUGAGCGCGGAUAUCUCCUUCCUGUUUAAAACCACCGCCUCCUCCGGUGUGUUCCUGGAAAACCUGGGCAUCAAAGACUUCAUCCGGAUCGAACUGAGCUCCUCCACUCGGGUGGUUUUCUCUUUCGACGUCGGUAACGGGCCGCUGGAGGUUCACGUGGAGUCGAUCGCGCCGCUGAACGACAACCGGUGGCAUCGGGUCCGAGCCGAAAGGAACGUCAAAGAGGCGUCGCUGCGGCUGGAUGGACUUCCUGUCGCCACUCAGGAGGCUCCGACUGACGGACACCUCCACCUGCAGCUCAACAGCCAGCUGUUCAUAGGAGGCACAGCGUCCAGGCAGAAGGGCUUCCGGGGUUGUAUCCGCUCCCUGCAGCUGAACGGCAUCACCUUGGACCUGGAGGAACGGGCGGAGAUCACCCCCGGGGUCCGGCCUGGCUGCCCGGGUCACUGCAGCAGCUACGGCUCGCUGUGCCGGAACCAGGGCCGCUGUGUGGAGAGAGCCAGCGGCUUCCACUGUGACUGCGGCCUGUCGGCGUACACUGGAGUCUUCUGCCAUACAGAGUUGUCGGCCAGCUUCCAGUCGGGCACGUCGGUGCGCUACACCUUCAAAGAGCCGUACGAGUUGAGCAGGAACAGCAGCGCCCUGCCGUCCUCCAUCUACUCGGACCUGACGCAGAGAGGAGAGAACGUCUCUCUGAGCUUCAGGACCAACCAGAGUCCGGCUCUGCUGCUCUACGUCCGAUCCUACCACACCGAGUACCUCGCCCUGCUCAUCGACAAGCACGAUAAUCUGGAGGUGAGGUACAAGCUGGACAGCAGCAGAGACGCUGAGGUGUUGAAGAGCAAAGUGGAGAGUCUGGCUGACGGAGAACUACACACCGUCACCAUCAGGAGACUGACGGACUCUGUGUCUCUGCAGAUCGACCAGAACCCCGGAGAAGACUUCAACCUGACAUCUGACGGAGAAUUCAACGGCAUCAAGUCGCUGGUGCUGGGCAGAGUGCACGACUCUGCUGAUCUGGAUCCAGAUCUGUCCAGGUUGGCGUCUCUGGGUUUCACCGGCUGUCUCUCGGUGGUCCGCUUUAACUCCAUCAGCCCCCUGAAAGCUGCUCUGCUGCACCCGGACACCAGCCCCGUCGUCAUUUCCGGACCUCUGCUGCAGUCCACCUGCGGCUCCUCGGCUGCAGCCAAUCCCUACGCAGCGGAGAACACACACCACCUGUCAGAUCAGUCCGGUGUAGUGGCUUCAGGUCAACCUUUAGUCAAUGCCAUCAAGACUGACUCGGCUCUCAUUGGAGGUGUCAUAGCGGUGGUGAUCUUUGUGGUUGUGGCCGUCCUGGCGAUCACGGCCAGAUUCCUCUACCGGAGAAAAGAGACGUACCGGAACCAGGAAGUGAAGGGAGUCAAACGGGAAGACAGCCAGGAUUUCCAUUUCAACAACCAGACUGACCCCCAGAGCGUCUCCUCUGAAAACCCAAAGGAGUGUUUCAUCUGACUGCAGGCCUGAUGACUCGGUGAGCCGGAGGCUGCAGACACACCUCGGGUCUUUGCCCUGCUCUCAGAGACUCCACUCCAGCGGCUCCGCAGGAUCUGGAGGCAGAAAAAGAGGAACAAUUCACACAGAUUUUUCUUUUUCUGUACAUAUUGUAGAUACUGACACACACAGGCAACCAUGCUGGACUUAAUGUGUUGAUAUCCUUGUAAAUAUUCAAAAAUGUGGAAGUGAUGUCUAAAGGUUGCACAUGAUUGUCUAUGAUUUACAGUAUUUAAUCCCCACUUUAUUUCAGUUAAUCAGGGCGCCGUGGCUGAUGCACGUUUCUAUUAGGAUAACAAAGGGAUCAAUUAGCUUAAUUGGAAAAGUUUGACCCGUGAUGAAGCCCUUAAGAAGACUGCUUCUGUGGUUGUAAAGUCUUUUUGUUGUGCAUUGGGAGAGAAAUGGCAUGCCUGCUUUGGAAGAAACCUGUGUGAAAAAGAAUCCAUGCAGCCUGCAAACAUCCACCAAAUACCAGGAUGUUUUCUAAGGAUUUUCUAACCCCAUUCAGCGCAUGAAUUAAUCAAGAAGUUUUCCCCCAGCAACAUUGUGCUAUCACAGAAUUUUGAUGUUAACAAGUGGCGCCUUCAGAGUCAAAAUGGCACUCUGCAGUCUGGCAGCGACGUGUCAAGAGACUUGAAGACUUUUUAAGCAGAAAGGAUUAAUUUCCACUUUGUAUUUUCACUUUCCUUCUCUAUGCUGAUUCUCUUUCUGUUUGAACAUCAUUUACCUUUGGAAAACACAGCAAACGCAUGAACGAGACGUACACCCAUUACUUAUUUUGGUUGUACAGGUGUUUUAAACGUGUUCCCUUCCCUGCUGGGAGCUUCCUCUCCCCGCUCUCUAAAUGUCUCUGAAGCUUUGAAGGCUGACAGCAGUACAGACUCUAUAGCACUGUGGCUGUCUGUCGCCUCAUCCCCUACACACACACACACACACACACACACACACACAGCUCAUUUGUUUCUGAAAUGCUAAUAUGCUGCGGUCUGACAGGUGGAUUGUGACUGGAUACAGGACAGAAAGAGAAUGAGACGCAAAGAUGAUCCAAUAGACAGGCCGACACGAUGAAAACAGCCUGAUAUUUACACUUGAUGGAUCAAAUGGAGCAAACCCCCCCAACCCCCACAUGUGUUAAUUCAACUCGCCUGUAAAGAGAGCGGCUGAUCGAGGGAGGACAAGGAGAAAGAGGAGCAGCUGUUUAUCAAACUCACACCGCCGCCUCUCUGAGACCCCGAAGCACAGAUGGCAUUUUAACGACAGAAGUUGCCCGAACUUUAAAAAGUGCAUUAUUCAUCUCUUUGUUUGUGUUUGUCUUUUGUUCCCCACCUCACCACAGCUGAAGCCACACAUUGUUGUCUUGAUUCUGGAGAGUUCAGUCCUCGGUGAGGAGGAAGCAGCGAUGUCCUUCAUCCUGCAGUAACGCAACUCACUGCACUGCAGCAAUUCGUAGCUGAGAGGAGGUCAACAGGUGACCUUGAGACACAGAGAGUCCUGCAGAGCGAGCACACCUGGAGCACGUUAGAAACACAGCAACAAAAAAAUGUUUAUUAAGAUGCAAGGUAGAAAGUGUCGAGAAUUCACAGAGUCAAACUUUAGUGUGCAAACAAGAAAAGAAACAUGUUGUACUUUCAGUCUCACUGAGAAAUCACAAUUCCUCCACGUUUUUAUGAAAUACUUGGCUCUGGAGGCUCUGUAACAUCAGGACUAAUCCCAUGGGUAUUUGGUUAAUUACGAGCUAUCACACUAGCCGCCUGCCAGAGCUUCUCUCUUUUCUAUGUAUCCUCUGUCAUUUCAUCCCCCUGGCGUUUUGUUCUCCUGAUUAGACAUCAUGUCUCUAAUAAGCAGGUUUUGACAUUAGGAAAUGUGUCAAUUAAAAAGCUGUUUUUGUAAAUGAACACCGUUUUUGUCUGUAAACUAUUUCUCUUUUUUGGAGCAGUUUAUACUCCAGCAAAGGAGGUUAAACCAAGAUGAGAAAGGACAGAUCUUUCCAUUUUAGAUUCUCCGACUCAGAGCUGCCAAUUUCCAUCCAAGUUUAACUCAGUGCUAACAGAUCAACUUCGACAUUAUCAGUGAAUCCUCCUGAUACUUCGACUGGGGAUGAAUUAAUCCUGCCUUGAAUUGUUGCCGUUUCAAAUGCUAAUGAAUCCAUAGGGCUGGUGAUAGACGGCAAUUCCAUUACAGUCCUCAAAUCCAACGGAAAGAUAUAACAAUGAAUUGCCCAAACGAACAAAUAGUUAAUUCAUGUAACUUAAUUAUCCGUGCCAUAAGGGUUACUUAUUGUAUACAAACCAUUUUAAAAACACAGUCAUGUUCCUUUAUUGACAUGAACAUGCUUCAGUUUGUCUUGAAUCACAUUCUGCUGCUUUAAUAAACUCUCCUAAAGCACAACACAUUCAUUCCUGCAGCUGUUUGAGUAACGUUUGCUUAAAACAACUGAUUUUGGGGGGAAAUAAGUGGGAUUUAAGGCUAAAAAAAGGGACGUUUUAUUUGGUCUUUCCAUGAGAUUUGAUGACAGUAAGUACAGACUGCCUCAUCUUUUUUUGUUUCAGUGCUUUCUCUCCCACAAUGCACUGGUUGACGUGUGUUCAGUGUACCUGUAGUGUUGGUGAAACACCGUGAUGUUGUGCCGUUUAAAUAUCCAGAUUUCACCCACACUCUGAAAUCCUGUUUGAUGAAAAUAAAUAAAUGAUGCUUUUCUAAAAGA